AUGGCCAUCGCGGAUUUCUUCUCAUCUAUCUUUACGACAGUCCACGCUGACGAAGAGAAGUCAGCAGACGCAGAAAAACAGGUAGCGGCCAACUCCGAAGAGCAGGCAGAGUCGACAGAGACUCCCGCGGAGGAAGAGGAAGAGGAGGAGCCUGAGGACGCUUUGCCAGAGCUGAGAGAACAGUGCCAAACAGGCCAAUGUGCGUCCUUGACUAAGCACUUCGAGCACUGUCAGGAGAAGGUCCAAAAUGGAGACGGCUUCAAAGGCGAGGAUUGUGUAGAAGAAAUGUACGUGUCUUCGCCAUAUCCCGUAUAG